AUGCACCCACGAACCGCGGAAUCACUCCGCCUCCCACUCAUAGAUCUCCCCCUACCCUGCACCGUCACUAUGCUCAAUGGGUCGAGCCCCCAGGCUGGUAAAAUCUGGAAGAAGGCUAACCUAACCUUCUCCUUUGAUGGCAAACAACACAUGGCUAUUGCUGAAGAGGAGGAAGCUGACAAAGACCCACUUAAAGGAGUACCUCCCAAAUACCACCCAUACGCCAAGGUAUUCGGGGAAGAAGAAUUUAAUAAGCUUCCCCCUCACCGACACUACGACAUAGGGAUUGAACUUACCAAAGAAGGCCCCCUAAACUUGCCCCUAUAUAGCAUGACCAAUGCUGAGUCUGCCACACUCAAGGACUGGCUCAGGGACAGACUCAAGGCCGGAAAGAUCCGCCCCAGCAAAUUGUCAAUAAGUUCCCCCGUUAUGUUUGUGCCCAAAAAGGAUGGCUCCCGUCGACUUGUGGUAGACUAUCGUUGCCUGAACAACCGGACAAAGAAGAAUGUCUACCCGUUACCCCGCCCAGAUGACCUCAUGGCCCAACUCCGUGGUGCCAAGGUCUUCACCAAACUAGACCUAAGGUGGGGUUACAAUAACGUCCGUGUUAAAGAAGGUGACAAAUGGAAGACGGCCUUCCAAACCAAGUACGGCCUCUACAAAUCCCUGGUCAUGACUUUUGGUCUGACAAACGCUCCUGCCGCUUUCCAGCACUUCAUGAAUGAACUAUUCAAGGAUUUACUGGACAUAUGCGUCAUCAUUUACCUCGAUGACAUCCUAAUUUAUUCUAAGGAUGACGCAUCUCACACGGAGCAUGUCUGUUGUAGACACACUUGA